UGUCCAACAGCUUGGCAAAGAGCUUGGCAAAUUUACUAACUUGGUAAAAAUCCCCCUCCCGGCGCGCAUAUAUCCGCGCGCGGAUACGACUCCGCAUAGCGAAAUCCAGCCCCGUCGCGACUUCUCCCGAGCGCGCGAAGACGUCGGCCUCUCUCCCGCACUCACGAGCAUUUUUCAUCGCCUGUCCUCCCCAGCAGAUCGAUCCCGUCACUCCCCUCGCCAAGGCCGCCAGGUCAGACUCAUUCAAAUGGAAGGAGAUGGAUUCUUGACAGACAUUCUUCUCAAUCAAGAUAAUGGUGGUAUGGAGGACGACCUCAACAUUCCGAUCACACAAGGCAGUACUUCCGAAGGUCAACAAGCCCAUGUGGAAGUGCAGCCAAGUCGCAACACAAAGGGAUCGAAGAGGACAAAAAAAUUUUGAUUGGAAGGAAGACAAAGUUAUAUGCUCUGGCUGGUUGAAUGUUAGCAAAGAUCCCAUUAACGGUGCCAAUCAAUCUCGUUCCACGUUUUGGAGUAGAGUUCAUGCUUUCUUUGAGGAACACAAGCAAACUGCAGCUGUGAGGACGGAGAGUUCCAUUAUGCAUAGGUGGCUGACAAUUCAGUCACAAGUGAACAAGUAUUGUUGUUGCUAUGAUAAGAUUGAGCGUAGGAAUCAAAGUGGACAAACUAUCCAAGACAAGAUUUCAGAAGCAUCCAAGUUGUACCAGGAAUUAGACAAUGACAAUAAGUCAUUUACUCUUAUACAUUGUUGGAAUAUAUUGAAGGAGGAGGACAAGUGGAAAACCAAGAGGAUUGAACUUGCCGAGAUGGAAAAACUAUCAAACAAGAAAAAACAGAAGUCCAGACCAAGGGAUACAGAAGGCACCAACAAUGAUGAAGAUGCAGCAAAGGAAGUUGCUCCAGAAACCGAAGCAAGCAAAAGGCCACCGGGGGUAAAGAAGGCAAAAGAAGCACUUAGGCGAGGCAAUGGUGGCGACGCUUGCAUGGAAGCUUUGGACAAGAUGUGGUCCAAGAAGGAGGCUUUAGACAAAGAAAAGGAAAAGGCAAAAGAGGAGAGGUUCCUGGUUGCACUAGAGAUAGAGAAGAGGCGAGUGUCAAUUGAUGAAAAAAAAGCUGAAGCAGAAUUGAUUAAAGAGGAGAAAGAAAUAAUGUCAAUCGACAUGACUUCCCUCACCCCGCUACAACGUCAAUACUACGAGACGAUGCAACAGAAGAUUGUCGCUAGGCGUUUGGCAAAUUAAAUUUAGUUCUAAUCCUGAAAGCUUUAGUUUGUUUUUUUAUUGAGCACAACUUUUAUCGAAGUUCAUGUAUCCAUUUACUGAACCUUAGUUUCUGUUCGUGAUUGUCAAUGCAAGAAUUGCAUAAUCAUAUAUGUUAUGGUACUGCUGUGAAUGUUUCUGAAUGAUAUUGCCACCUGCACCUGAAUGUUUCUGAAUGA